CGACCGUUAAAGCGUUGCUAACAGACGCCAACUUCACUUGGCAACGGGCGGUUGCGCGCAAGAUUAUUGCCGCACAUUCUACGGCCAUUUUUGGUAACAUAUUCCCUGACAAGUGAGGUCGUCUCGCGCCUGAUCUGUCCCAUUCUGAGAUUUGAUCACGCAUGAUUCUUCGCUGGAUUUCGGAGCUCUGUGGAUAUAUUUGGCGGGGAAAUUGUUUCGAAUUGGUGUUUUAAUGUGUUCGCUCCUUGAAAUUGUAAUAGUUCAAAGGAUUGACAUCGACCAUCCUAUAUGAAGUACUGGUUCAACGGCAUGUUUGUCCUGAAUUUUGUGUGGAAGGCUCGUCGGAAAGAUAGAGAUGCAGUUGCUACAUCACAGGAAGAAUCCAAACUUUACUUAGAACCACCUGUUUUGGAAUGUACAAUAUCUGAGUCAAAAUUAAGGGAAGUUAUAGAUCUACCACCUGGUUUAGAUUAUAAUGAAUGGCUAGCUUCACAUACUAUAGCAUUUUUUGAUCAUACGAACUUAGUUUAUGGCACUAUAUCCGAAUUUUGCACGAUGUCAGGAUGUCCUGAUAUGAAUGGCCCUAAUGGAAGGUAAGUUUUGAUUGAAAUCUUUCAUAUAUAUCAGUCUUGGUUUAUUUACUGGACUGAGAAAAGAUCUUUUCUGCCCAAUAAAUAUUCUUAUUUAUUUGUUUGCAUUUUCCUGUAUAAAGCUGCUUUUGUUUUUUAUCUAAAUACUUAGUUUUAACGUGCUUUUUAUGCUUAAAACUAUAGUGUUAUAUUUUACAUUCACUGCAUAA